ACAUCAUAUUUCAACUUGAAUCUAAAGCCAGCUUAAUUAUUCUACGUGAUGUCCAAUCCCAGGAUUUAUGUGAAAGAGAGGGCUAAGGCUAUCUGCGUGCGUUUCGGUACUUAUAUCCGACCCAGCCGCGUAAUGUAAGCUGCAAGCAUGGGGCACAUCCAAUCUUGGUCCUUUAUUCUCCGUGCCGUUGUAGGCGCCAGCCUGAUUGAUCGAGAACCUAAUUGCAAAGAGGAAUUGAUCGAACAGGGAUAGAAAAUUCGCUAUAUCUAAAUUAGUGCCCAACCAGUACUCUAGCCUAGUUACUCUUCCUACAUCAUCAGCAACACAUUGUACCUAUCAAGAUAGAACGUGAUGGGGUCGGCUGAAGAAUAUGAGAAAGAACGCAGCAAUGCGCACCAGGAAGGCGACGAAGCCCCGCCGCCUUACAGCAUAGAGGCAUCAAGACAGGAAAUCUUCGAAGCAGCCUCCACAAGCACAGCUUCCAAGCGUACAGAAGAUGACGCCGGCGCGUGGACGCGGCCAACGGUGGAAUCGCCAUUCAACUUCCCGCCAGCCUCGGCGCCGGGGCCAAGCUACUCGGAUCUCCCAGAAGUUGUACCUACACCCGGAAGCAGCAGCAGCAGCAGCAGCAAUUCCCCACCGCCAGUAUUCCUCGCAAUACCACAGGUCGCCCCCAAGCCGACAUCGCCGUUUCCGCUAGUGUACAGCCGCGCGCUGCUGCUGCGUCGGGGCAUACCGCAGGAGACGUUCACGUCUUUCCUGACGACGCUUUCCGCAUUCCUCACCGCGACCGUGUCGGAGCGCGCGCUGAAGCAUGCGGUGGACGUCGGCCGUAGCCUGAACAGCAUUCCGAAGAAAUUCUCCGAGGACACGCUGACGCAUGUGAAGGACGUGGGGCGGCACGUGGGUUCGCAGGCGAAGAAGGGCAAGUUCGUCUCCGCGGGCAUCGGCGUGCUCGCGGGCGCCGUCUCGAUCCCCCUAGCGACAAGCAUCCGCGCCGUCGGCGCUGCGGUUCAGAUCCCCGCGGCCGUGAGUGGUAGUCUUGCGAAGAAGCCACUGUCCCCGCGCGAGCGCGCCGACGCGUAUCUCGCCAUCGCCGACAAGGACUGGUUCAACGUCCGCGGGCUGACGGCGUCGCUGUGCGGCACGGCCGAGCUUUUGCAGAUGCUUGAUGCGCGGCAUGGAGAUGGUUCGGGAUCAAGUAAGAACGAGGCUGUCGUUAGGCAGCUCGUGGAUCUGGCUCGCCAGACGUCGAAGGGCGGGCCUGACGAUCAAUUCCGGGCUCUACAAAACAGAUUCGGGCUCGCGCCUCUCGAGAUAGUAGAAGGGACUGUCACAUCUCUGGAUAUCGGUGUGGGCACGUUGUGGUUAGUCCUUACUGAGAUUCGUUGAAUGCUGAGUGAGGUGAUCGCGACGGGAAGACUAUCACUAACUACAAUGGGAUUGUUUGCACUGCGAGCAUGCACGAACCUAGAGACAAGAAUUUGGCUUUAAGGAUUAAAUGCUUGGUCUGUAGUCAAUGGUAUUUAUUGGUAGAGUGCAUGA